AUGGCCGGGCGGCGCGCGGGGGAUGAGCUCCCCGGCCGCUACAUCGCCGACGCGGGCAGCGGGACGCUGUACAAGCGCGGCCGGCUCCUGGGCCAGGGCGCUUUCGGGCGAUGCUACGAGCUCGCGGACGUGUCCAGCGGCAAGGUCUACGCGGUGAAGAUCAUCCCGCGGGCCCGGCUGGCCGAGCCGGGCGGCAGGCAGCGGGUGGAGCGGGAGACGGAGCUGCACGGCCGCCUGCACCACCGGCACGUCGUGGGCUUCCACGGGCGCUUCGCCGACCGCAGCAACGUCUACGUGGUGCUGGAGCGCUGCAGCCGCGGGUCGCUGGCCGACAUCCUGCGGGCGCGGGAGACGCUGACGGAGCCGGAGGUGCGGUACUACCUGCGGCAGGUCGUCGCGGGGCUGCGCUACCUGCACGGGCAGGGCGUCGUGCACCGGGACCUCAAGCCGAGCAACCUCCUGGUCACCGCGGGCAUGCGGGUGAAGAUCGGGGACCUGGGGCUGGCGCGGCGGCAGGAGCCGGGCGGCCGGCGCUGGGGCGCGGUGUGCGGGACGCCCGGCUACCUGGCCCCGGAGGUGCUCGACGGGCAGGGACACUCGGCGGCCUCCGACGUCUGGGCCCUGGGCUGCGUCAUGUACGCGGCGCUGGCGGGCCGCCCCCCGUUCGAGGGCGCCGGCCGGCAGGAGCUGCGCGAGGGCAUGGGGGCCGCCCGCUUCCCGCUGCCCCGCGGCCUCUCGCCCGCCGCCCGGGCCCUGGUCGCCAGCCUGCUGGACCCCGAGCCGGCGGCACGGCCCGGCCUCGGCGACGUGCUGCGCCACGACUUCUUCACGCAGGUGCGGGGCUGGGACAAGAGCAAUCCCCCGAGGCGGUGGGGCUACCUGCAGGUCCCCAGCGCCUACGGGGGUCUCGGAGCUCCCCACAGCUAG